UUAUCCUUCAACGUUGCGGUGGUUUUGUCCGUUUUAGCGCCAACAAACUGUCAAUGAAAGCAAGUUCUGGCAAAAAAAAAAUAAAGAUCGGGAAUUUCACACAGCGUUGACAUUCAGGACCAGCGAAGAUCGUGUUCUCCAACUGACUCGCUUCUUGUUUACAGCUGAAGUAGUUUGAACCGGCUGAGAUGAGUGGUCCUGAGGUGGCCAAGACACCAGGAGGUGGCGCUCCAGGGAAAGAGGGCAAGGAGCCAGUGGCUAAUGGGCAUGCGGGCGAUGCCAACGACGCCAACCCCUUUGCCGAAUACAUGUGGAUGGAGAACGAGGAGGAGUAUAACAGACAGGUGGAGGAGGAGCUGUUGGAGCAGGAGUUCCUGGAGCGCUGCUUCCAGGAAAUGCUGGAAGAGGAGGACCAGCACUGGUUCAUCCCGUCGCGUGACCUCAACAACCAGGGGGUGGAGCAACUGCAGCAGCAGCUCAACGGCCUGUCUGUCAGCGAACACAACAGCAACCUGGAGGAAGUGGCGAGGAAGAGCGUUUUGAAUCCUGAAGCGAAGGAGUUUGUCCCGGGGAAGAAAUACUAGGAGUCCCCCUCACCCCCAUGGCGCCUACACACACACACACACACACACACACACAACCAGUCCUCACCUUUUCUCAGAGACUCUGGCGGCCACGAGUGCACACACUGAUACACACACACACACACACACU